AUUUGGUUAAUAAUUGAAGAUGUCUGGAAUUUAUUUGAGAUGCGUGAUUGGAUCGCUAGCAGGAACACAGUUUUCCUGUGUUUUAUCACUCUCUUUCCAUCAGUCCUGUUUGCUUUCUUCAGACAGCGAUGGUGGGGGAACAGUCAUGCUGGGUGGCACACGCAUGCAGUAAUUAGAAGUUCUGUAAUGUAACUAAGAAGAAAAAAAAAUGUGUUAAGCGUUUGACAAAAUGUGAAGCUGCCUCUAGUUUAAGAGUAAAAACCUUUGUGUUUAACUAGGAAUUAAACUUACUGUUCGACACUGCAAUAAUUUUUAAAAAUCUAUGUUAUAGGAAAUACUUAGGGUGACGUUAAUAAUGAGCAAAUAGCAGAAUAUUUUUUACUUCAUAGGAUUUGAAUGAAUCACUCAGCCUCAUCAGGACAGGUUUGAUUUGCUUGCGUAAGACAACCCAUACAUAAGAUAUCCUAAGUAGUUAAAACGUGUUUGCAUAAAACUGAAACAUGACUUGGGUUAACAACACUAAUAUUUGGAUACUGUAGCUCGCUGGUACAUUAGCAUCAACGUUUAUAACAUGCAAAUCUUUGCAAAAGCUGCAAUUCGGCCUCCCAUUGCUGCACCCUCUGCACAUACUGGAAAUCUACGCAUAUAUAAACAUACUGGAUUAAUAGUCUUGUGUAUGCAAACAUUUGCAGUACUGAGCAAAAGUUUUGAAACAUCCUUUGGAUCCUGUAUCGGAGGAAAAACAGUUUGUACAGUUCUAAUGAGCUUUGAAAGUCUGUUUUGCAUGAGGACCUUUUUCCUUCAACAGAGGCUGAAAUCUCGUAGACAAGCUUUCUUGAGAUUUCAUUAAGCAGGAAUAGGAAUGGUCAGGAAUAAUUCUCCAGGCUUUUUGAAGGACUUUCAAAGCUCUUCUUUGGAUGUUGGAUGCAUAUCGUUCUGAUCUCUAUCAAGCUGAUCCCACACUGCUUCAAUAAUGUUGAGGUCCAGGCUCUGGGGAGGCCAAUCCAUGAAUGAGUGUUUUUAGUGAUUUUCACUCCACUUCUUGUGUAAUUUCCUCUACUUCAGCCUUUUCUUCCUGUUUCCCUUCUCUAAAAACGCCUUCCUGACAUUAACCCCUCCAUAGAGAAUAUUUCUGAUUGUCUUUAGCAAACAGCUGAUUGAUCAUCUAACGGUCCAGAUGCACCUAUCAUGAUUUUUCCAGUUUCUUACAGACUUUAAGAUACUGUCCGUUUGUCAAAGAUCAUUUUUAGGUCUGCCACGUCUUUUCUCCUCUACUUCUUUAUUUUAAUUUAUUUCUUAAGGACACAUUGCACGUCAUGCUGAGACAUGCCAAGGUUACAGCUGAUAGCUCUUUUGGAAUCACCUUGUUUUUACCAAAAACCUGUCAAACUGAAUUUUUUAUUCAACAUUCAAGAAGUUUAUUGUCAUAUACACCACAAAACACAAGUGGAUACGCAGAGCAAUUAAAUUCUUACUCUGCAGGUUCCCUUCACAUUAAAUAAACAAAUAACUAAAAUAAAGAAUAGACUUAACUCUGAGCACAGAAAAUAAUAAAGUAAACAAGUGCUUAUGUAGCUUAUGUGUGGGUGUAGUAAGAAUUUAAGGUGCAAGUAGUUGCAACACUGUCACAGUGGUAAUAUAUACAGAAUAUGUAAUAUUAAAAUUGUUUAUAUUGUAUGACGUUGUAUUAUGUUGUAUAUAAAUGUACAAAAUUGCAAAUUUACAGGUCAAAGAUUUCGACAUCUUGACAAUUAGUGAGUUUUCAUAGGUUCAAGACAAGAAAUCGGAACAAGUGUUGUGUUUUUGUGACAGCCUGGUUGUAACAAGGUAACACUUUGUCCCCCCUCUUGUCCUUCAUAGCCACAAAGAAUGAGUAAAUAUUAUUUGUGCUUGCUAAUUAAUUUCUCCCGGGUUCGCUGUCAUAUCCAGAGACACUGGAACAUUUUAGGUACAUGUAAUACCAAUAAUAAACAUUAAUCCAUAUUUCAGAGCUGCAUUUAUUCAUUCACGUGGAGCGUAAAUCUCUGACAUCAACAACUCAACUGCGCCUCCCUCCGCCGCUGAUUGAUUCGGGAACUUCAUCACAACGUGUGUGAGUGAGUGUGAGUUUGGUGUUGGCUGUUGUGGCUCAUGCACUGUCGCCGUUGUGUAAAACCAAAGCGGGUUUCUCCUAAUGCUUUCAGCAAGAUCACGGAUCACGGAUGCAUCUUAGCUGAUUCUCUGCCGACCAUUUCCCAGCAGCAGCUCCAUCACACACCGCCGACAUUUUGGCUGUUUUAUCUAAAACCCAAACUAACCGUGCUGCACUUACACCCUCUAAAACCAACCUUCACCAGACUCGGAUCCUUCUGGCUGCUUUCCGGACGGAGCGCAGUAAUGGCAGAGCAUAUGUCCCAGAGUGAGCUGGAUUACCCGUUCAAACUUCUGGAGUAUUUUAACGGCUUCAGAGUGUCCAAGGUGAUAUUUUCAGCCUGUGAGCUUGGAGUAUUUGACCUGCUGCUCAGGUCCCAGGAGCCUUUGAGUGCCCAGCAUGUUGCUCAGGAGCUGGGCACCAGCUUGGAUGGGAUGGAGAGGCUGCUGGACGCACUGGUGGGCAUUGAGAUCCUGGAGGUUGAGAAGACAGAUGGAACAGCUUUGUACAGCAGCACCGACGUGGCAAAUCUUUAUCUGGCCAAAGGCAGCGCCAAAUCUCUCCAUGACAUGAUCGUCUACCAAUCCCAAACCAUCUACCCACUGUGGAACAACUUGGUGGAUGCUGUCAGGGAGGGGAAGAAUCAGAAUGAAAAGACAUUCGGCCUUCCAGCAGAGGAGGUCUUCCAAGCCAUUUACAGAUCAGAAGAGGACAUGCUGAAAUUCAUGGGUCUGAUGAACUCGUCAUGGGUUCUGGAUGGACAUGACGUUGUGACAGCGUUCAAUCUCUCCGGCUUCCAGAACGUAGUAGAUCUUGGAGGUUGCACUGGUGCUUUGGCCCGCGAGAUGGCAAAGGCGUAUCCCUCAUCCACCGUCACAGUGUUUGAUCUCCAGCAGGUCGUGGAAGUGGCUCAGAAGCAUUUCUCUCAGGAGAAUGAUGCCAUUGUAUUUCAGUCCGGAGAUUUCUUCACUGGUGAAAUCCCCACUGCGGACUUGUACGUUCUGGCCAGAAUCAUUCAUGACUGGCCGGAAGAGAAGUGCCUGACGCUGCUGAAGAAGAUCUAUGACAUGUGUGCACCAGGCGGCGGCGUCCUGCUGGUAGAAGCGAUGCUGUUUGAGAACAGACGAGGGCCCAUCAUGACUCAGCUUUUCUCCCUCAACAUGCUGGUGCAGACGAAGGGCAGGGAGCACCCACCGUCCGAGUACACACACAUGUUCAACAAGACCGGCUUCAAGAACAUUCAGGUCUGCCGCACGGGCAAAUCUUAUGAUGCCAUAUUGGCCAUCAGAUGAGCUCAGACAGAGAGCGGGAUGCUUAGAAAGCAUCUGUCAAAACUCUGGGAAAUUAGAGAAAGGUUAAGUGGAAACUUCAAGGCCUCGAUAAGGAACAGAUGUCAACAUCAAACUGUAAACUGUGGGGAGAAAAAAAAAGUUGUCCACAUGGAUCUCCAGUUUAUGUUAUCGUCAACACCAAUUAUUUAAUAUUUUUAAAUUUUUUCUUACAGUUCACCUUGUCUUUCGACCACACCUCUGGUUAGAGGUUGCUGCUGUGAUAGAUAAUAUCUUUUAGUCAUACAAAUUUAACAUUUGAUGAAGAUUUCCUCUCUUGAUACCACUCUUAUGGUUGUAUGCUAAAUAUGAAGCUACUACUACCACCAGAAGCUUGUUAACUUAGCAUUAAGCUAAGCUAAGCUAACAAGUAACUGUUUAGCAUAGUUAGCAUAAAGACAAAAGUAGGUUAACCUGCAGAUAUGUUUAAUUUACCUUAACUAAAUAAAUACACUAAGCUAAUAAGCAACUGGUUAGCUCAGUGUCGAGGCUCUGACAUGAAUUCAUUGCUCAAGAGUUGUUCACCAUAUUGAAGAUGACACAACAAGUGUUUGCAUGGGAAAUGUGUGUUCCCCAAUGGGUUGCCUCUCGCUGGGUGAAAAUGGUUGCAAAAUAUGUGCAGGACCAAAAUCAUCCUAGUGAUUGCUUUGGUUGCUAGCACAUUGCUUGUAGUUUUUCGUGGUUGUCUGCAAAUACUCAUCUAGCUGAGAACUAGUACAUUUUUACAAUUUGUAAAAGUUUGUACAAUUUGUAAAAAUGUUACGCAAAGUGGAAAUGGAGAAGCCGUGCCUUACCACUGGAGGCAAGCAUGUUUCACAAGUUGCAACUUUUACUUUGAAGGUGAAGAGUCUUUAUUUCUAGCUUGUGUUGGACUUUUUGCAGUUUCACUAAAGAUCGGAGAGUGGCUGGGAAGUGUUUGUAGUCAACUCUGUCACUUCCAGUCCAACUAGGACAGCAGCAACAUGCUAGCAACCAAAGCAAUGACAGAGAGUUUUUCACCAGUUGGUUGAACUGGUACCUAUGGCAUUUAGAAGCUCCUUGUCUACGUCCCAGCGACUACUAUCAACUUCAAGAAACUGGUUGGGGUAAACUCACUUCCCUCAGAGUCAGUGGUUGCCAAAUGAUCACAGGCCAUUUGACUGGCUUGUGUGACUGGGGCUUUAUUUACUUGAUCCUACAUUAUCACUGUGAUCAUCACACAUCCAAAUUGGUGGACGAGUUAAUGUCAACACUCGCUUCUCUUCUCUUUUAUGACUAUUUUUUAUGCCUAUUCAACCAGAAUAUUAGACCAGUAUAUCAUAGUGGGCACUGCAUAUGCACCCCAAAACCUUUUUAAACAUUUUUGCACAAAGUUAUUUUUAUAAUUUUGAAUUACAUCCAGACUUCAGAUAUAAUCUGAUCAUAAACAGUUUUUAACCAGAUAAAGAAAAAAGUCAUUUUCACACUGUUGGGAAAACUGAGCCUAUAAUAUUUGUUCAUGCAAAAAUCAGACUGUAAACCUGCUGCCAUCAUUGCUUUCAUUGUUCUACACAAUAUUUUCUCAGUUGUGUCUAUCUUGCAAUGUGUCUGUCAUUUCUCAGUCUCUGUAGAAAAGUCAGUUUUGUCUGUCUUGUAGAUCUUACCAAGUCUGUGCUAGAUGUGUGUAUUUAAUGAUUCUGUUUCACUCGCAGGAAGACACAUCAGACUAAUAAAGUUCAAAUAGGAAAAAUACUGACCUUUAAACUUAAAAAAAGUGAUGUGAUGUGUGUGAACGUGCGCGUGUUCCCAGCUUUCCUGUUCACUGUGAUGAGUGGAAGAUGAGACUCAACUGUAUUUAACCCUUUAUGAUCACCUCUGUUUACCUUCAUCAUUCCUCUGCUGCUAUUAUGAAAUUCUCACUGUGUUGGCUGGUUGAAGAAAAAAGAAUCACUUGGGUGCUGUUUAAAAAACCCUCUUUGUUGAUGUCUGGUGCAUUUUGUCAUUUUAUGUUUUAUUUUUUUAUGAUGUUAGUUAGCGAGGCUUCAGGAACUGAAGCUCUUGUUCACACCAGAAGCCGACUCGCAUCAAAUCGGCUCCUCAUAGCUGCUGAUAAGUUCACACGUGAAUUAAAACAUGUGUUAAUGGAGCUGUGAGAUUAUGUUUUAUUAGCAUGUGUGUCACUGAUGACAUGUAAAUGUAGAAUAACAACAUGUGCAAUAGAAAUGGAGCAUUUGAGUCACCGGACCCUCCUCCUCCUGCUCAUUCCUGUAAGCAUGCAUCCUUCAGACACACAUCUUGGAUAUUCUGUACAAAAAGUUCAUUUGAACAAAAAAUAUUAUGUUUAUAAUUUUUUGUAUUAAAAGUAUUGCAUGUAAACACAGCCACAGGGUGUUGGGAGUUUGUCCUUGUAGCUGAUACUGUGACAGUUCUUUAGUCUUAAAUAUUUAUUAGUUGAUGUUUUUACAGCCUCCCUGAAUUUUUGCCUGGACUUUACACAGUUUACACAUUAGUUAUUGAAUUACUAUUAUGUUAAAUUGUUCUUUGUUACCAAAGCAGCAAUUUUAAGAAGUCAUAUCCAAUAUGUAAUGUGAUCAUUUGUCUCGGUUUCUCCUGGCAAAAAUUACGAGGAUCCAAGAAUUAUAGAUAAUGAGUCUUACAGUUUUUUUUUAUUUAUAAUAUGGUGUAUCCAUGAGCAAACUAUGCAAAGUAUAAUAAAAUACUUCAUUUCACUGAGAUAUUUUCUU